UUAUGAAUCAUUUAUUUUAGUGACAACAUAACACGGUAUUUGUAAAUAUUUUUUAUAGAACAAUAGUUGCUUGUGUUAUGUUCAGGAUGGUUCAGUUCACAACCUUGCUGUUAGUGUUUUGUGCAUAUUUGACAGGUUAUGUAGAUGGUCAGUUUCAGAGUCAGAGCAUAGGAUGUCUAGCUGGGGAUUAUCCUAACCCGACCAGUGAUACCUGUAUUUCGUUCUUCAGGUGUCUUAGUGGACAGGUUAUUCCUUUUCGAUGUCCGGAUGGUGAAUUAUUUGAUUUCAGACGACGACAAUGCCUGCCAUCAGAAGAAGUUCGGUGUUCGGAACAACUUCGUCCAUUUAUUGCCGCACCUCUUCCUCCAGGGGCAGCAGGCUCUUCGGCCUUAGGUGGUCCAGGAGCUUUUCAACCAAAUCCCUAUUUUGCAAACUCAGGAUUAGGUCCGAAUGAUCCCCAAACAAGGCUGGUUCUUCUCCCUAAUGGAGUUGUCCAAAGACAAUUUCCAGCAGGUCAACAGCCGGGAGUUCCCCAAUUCCAGGGAAAUCCCCAAUUCCAGGGAAAUCCCCAAUUUCAGGGAAAUCCUCAAUUUCAGGGAAAUCCCCAAUUUCAGGGACAGCCACAAAUUCCAGGAAAUCCCCAAUUUCAGGGACAACCACAAAUUCCAGGAAAUCCACAAUUUCAAGGACAGCCACAAAUUCCAGGAAAUCCACAAUUUCAAGGACAGCCACAAUAUCCUGGAAAUACACAAUUCCAAGCAGCACCCCAGAUUCCAGGAACACGGCCUCUUAACGGAAACCAACCCGGAUUGGGAUCUCAGCUCGGAAAUCAGCCCUUUGCAGGAACUCCCCCAUUCUUCGGAACAGGAACCGGGAGUCAACCAGGUAAUCCGCAAUACCAGAGCGGACGAGGUGGUCAAGGCUCUGUAUUUAAUCAGGGUUCACUCAGACCACAAACUCCACCAGGUCCUGAACCAAAUAAUCAGGGUUAGACCCACUAAUCGAUUUCAUACCAUCGAUUACAUCUGUAAAUAUCUGUAUAUAAUAUUUAAAUAUGUUGAUCCAUCUA